CUUCCAUGUUCUCUGUGCUCUUAAGUGGUGACAAUGGGUUUAAUUCAUCUCCUGUGGGUAAGUGCUGUGCUGCUCCAGGGGAAACUAAACCUGUUCCUAGAGCACUAAACUCCUUCCUACAGCAUCUGCAGAGACCAGUCCCUUCCCUAUUUCCUACCUCACUGAUACAGCCCCAACAUGGAUAUAUGUGCUCAGGAGUCCAUAUGUCCUUAUAUAUCUUAGGGGAAACAUGUAAAUUUAAUCUGAUCUCAACUAUUCUUUCUGCCAGCAAAGAUAUUUCCCUUAAGAUAUUAACUGUGUCUCUUAAAUAUUUACAUUCUAGGAAUCUGUGCUGGAGGAAAAGGCACUUGUUUCAAACCCAAAGGUGGAUCCUGAAGGCAAUGAAGAUAUUAGUCCAUGUGGCAGCAAGUUCACAGUGAAAAGCUUGGGGAUGCUUUCUACCUGGUGUAACUUAUGCAUGGUUCAGGCAGAGAAUAGUCCUGAAGGAACAGUUAAAGAAGUGGAAGUGCCUGUUCUUUCUGAGAUCCAUCAGCUGGAUCACAGUCAGUGUUUGAAGAAUUUGGACCAUGUUUCUCAUGAAGCUUCUGAUGAAGAACUAAAUUUAAAAGCAUUUUCUGAAGGAUUUGCUUCCACUGAAUCAUCAUCCAUGCCAAACAACUUCUUUUUGAAAUGUGAAAGUGCCAAAUCAGCCUCUUCACCCCCGGAAUUUCAGAGAGUGUCUGCAGUUUGGGUUGACAUCUCGGAAAGCUCCAUUUCAGAUUCAGAAUUAGAGCUGAAACAUGGAGAGGGCACAGGUGUCAGUGUCCCAGAAGAGUUUGUCCAUGACAGUGGUGAUGUGUUUCCUGACCUCUCAAAAGAGGUGCCAGUAGCAAUAAGUAAUGGAAAGGAAACAUCACCCACUGAUGAACAUGAACUGCCUGAAGAUGAGAGCGCUGAGAUUUCAUCACACUCCCAGAAAUACCCUGGAGAUGUGUUGGAUCAUGGCUGCACUGAUCAUCUGCUUUCUUUCAUUCCAGCAGACAAAGCAAAUGCCUCCAAAACCCAGCCAGAACGUUCCUCCCAAUCUGAUAACCCUGAUGAGGGAAUGGUUGAGCCACAUCUGGGUGCCUCUGGAAGCUUCAGUAGAAACAAAUCCUGUCCUCAGGAGGUCACAAAACAGGGUAAUGAUGCAUCUGCCAGCUCUUCAUGCAGUGAUGAUAUUUAUUCACCUAAGAUCUAUGAACAGCAGAAACCUAAUUCUACAACUAACAGAGUGUUAGGGGAAAUUAACUGUUCAUUUGUGGAUCAGAAUAGAGACCUAAUGGGUUUUCCAGCAACAGUUUCUUUGAAACAUCGAGAUUUAGUUACUGACCAGCUUGGGAACACUGUUUCUUUUCUGCCUGACAGAGAUAUUGCAAAUAACAAAUUGUUAGCAUGUCUGUCUCCCCAGAGGGGACUCUUUUCUUCUGCCUCCUCAAAAAAGCAAUUGUUUCAGGCUGAGAACUGCUCUUCCAAAGGAGAAGAUGAUGUAACCUCUAUUAGUGAUAAGGGUCUCCCUCCAGCUGCUGAGGAUGCCUUGUCGGAAAUCCUGUCUCCCGUGGAUGAAGUAUUGUGCAGGUGCAACGAAAAAUGA